UCAUAUCUUAUUAGUUUGUUUGGCAAAAGCACAACCUAAAUCGAGUCGCGAGCUCGCUAAAGGACAUUUUUUGAAAUUGUGAAACUUAACUUACAAAUAUGUUUCUGAAUCAGCGGAGAUGUCCACUGUGAGAUAGGAGGCACUUCUUAGCACUUCGGUGACGAUGGUAAAUUGAUUAAGGCAGCCAAGGCAAUAUCACUAAAAAGAAAAGGACCAAACGUCACCUUCCGACCGGAACCAUGGCGAACCAAAUCAAUUCACGAAUUAUCAACUUUUUCUUCACACCGUGGCGCUUAAUUCUCUAAACGACCCUGAAAUGUCAUCUAUGUUGUUUACCUUACGGUGAUUUUGUUUGUUUUGGACUUAGGUUCUUCUGAGUAGAAUUGUUUACCAAAUGGCAUUAGGUCAGGGAGAUUUGGAAGUCGGCUGUAUUGUGAAUAGCUCCGUGGUUAUGGAUGGAUUGAAGCCAAAUCCCGGCAAAAAGGUCCGCUUUGACUUGAACCAUGAAGUUUUUUUUAUUCCAACAAAAUGGGACAGGUUGAGUAGCCAAACAAGUGUCAUCAAAGAAAAAGUCAUCGGCGAAGUUGCCAUCAGAACUAGAACGAGAGUGGAGGACGAAAGAAGAGCGAAGAACAAACAAAACAAGAGUAAGAAAGCACGAAAGUCUACGAGAAGUCGACGGAUUGAUGUAAGUACCGCAGCUACAGUAACUCGCGCUGAUAGGAACAAAGGGACGCUUAGCUCUAGGGGAAGUACGGCGAAGGAAUCGAACGGAGGCUCAAAGGUGACACAGAGAACAGAUAAAUCAACUUCUGUUGGGAACCAAUCCAAACUGCCUCAAAGAGAACGGGGAGAUAUUGACAAAGUAGAUAUUGUACUCCCAAAAAUUGGCUACUCGACAGAAAUCAAGAGAGCCAUUGAAAAGGUUCUUGUCCGAAAUAGAACUUUUACCCAAGACAUAGAUAAUAACAAAGACCCUGUGAAAACAAUACCAAACAAAGAAGAUAAUGCAUCAUUGUCGAGAACAAGAAGUGUAUAUGAUAAUGAUAGUUUAUCGAGUGAUAAGAAAGACCCUCUGAGACCAAUGAUUUCGUAUAGAAGUGUACCUCGUCCUGACGGCGAGGUUCGGUUUAGUGAGCUCUCUCGGAAUCUAGACGGAUGGACACCAUUCUCCGCAUGGCGGGAAAGUGCCGAGGGAGAGAGUACGGACGGAAAGCGGGGUGCCGGACCUCUAAUACCACACAGUAUACUAUAUUAGCAACAGUUAUACACACGUCAUCUACACUCUUUUUUUAUAAGAACGUCUAAUUUUCAGUUGAGGCUUCAGGCCGUUCUUAUUUUAUUAGCAUUUUAAGGCUGAAGAUGUUCUUGAAUUUCAUUAUAUAAAAAUAUGAUAUUGUAUCAAGUAUUAGAAAAAGGUCUACACAAAUGAUCAUAAACAAUUAUAUUUAAGACCAGCGGUCUGAGUUCGUCGAGGUUUCUCGGAAAAAUGGAGUUUGAAAGUUUGAAGCAAUUUGGAUAAAUAUUUUUGGCGAUAGAAGCCGAAAAGUAAUUUUUCGUCUCCCGCACCCGGAUUUGAGACAAUUUCGUGGUUGUUAGAAAAAGACUAAAAACCGGUUCGCAACGCGUGAUAAAACAACUGCAGCUUAUAUAAACC